AUGCCCGCCGGCAGCAACGAGCCCGAUGGGAUCCUCAGCUACCAGAGACAUGACGAAGAGGCAGUGAUUGACCAGGGAAGAACAAGCAAUGUUGUCAAUAUUCACUAUGAGAAGGAGGAGUUGGAAGGCCACCGGACCCUGUAUGUGGGUGUGCGGAUGCCACUGGUGAGGCAGAGCCACCGGCAUCACCGACCCCACAGCCAGAAGCAUCGGAAACGGGAACGAGAGAAGGACUCUGCCCCGACGGAGCAGGGCUACCACUGCACCCCAUCCCAGCGGGUGCAGUUUAUCCUCGGGACUGAGGAGGAUGAGCAGCAUGUCCCUCACGCCUUGUUCACUGAGCUGGAUGAGAUCUGCGUGAAAGAGGGCGAAGAUGCCGAGUGGAAGGAAACGGCAAGGUGGCUGAAGUUUGAGGAGGAUGUGGAAGACGGCGGUGAGCGUUGGAGCAAGCCCUAUGUGGCCACACUGUCCUUGCACAGCCUCUUUGAGCUGAGGAGCUGCAUCAUCAAUGGCACGGUGCUGCUGGACAUUAGUGCCAACAGCAUCGAAGAGAUUGCAGACCUGAUCCUGGGCCAGCAAGAACAAUCCACGGAGUUUGACGAGCACAUGCGGGCAAAAGUUCGAGAAGUUCUUUUGAAGAAGCACCACCAUCAGAACGAGAAGAAAAGAAACAACCUUCUCCCCAUCGUCCUGUCUUUCUUUUUUCUACCAGCUCAAACACUUACCCCUCAUCCUUCUCCCACCACUGUGGAAGCUAAAAAUGGGGUGAACCAUGAGACCAGCGCAACGGAUUUAAGCAAGGCAGAGCUGCACUUCAUGAAGAAAAUUCCCAGCGGGGCUGAAGCGUCCAACGUGCUCGUAGGAGAGCUGGAUUUCCUUCGCCAGCCCAUCGUAGCAUUUGUCCGCCUGACCCCGGCUGUCCUCCUCUCGGGCAUGACGGAAGUUCCCAUCCCAACAAGGUUCCUGUUUGUUUUGCUUGGACCAGAAGGAAAAGCCCAUCAGUACCAUGAGAUCGGCAGGUCCAUGGCUACUAUCAUGACGGAUGAGGUUUUCCAUGACGUCGCCUAUAAAGCCAAGAACCGGGCUGACCUCGUGGCCGGCAUCGAUGAGUUUCUGGAUCAGGUCACGGUCUUGCCGCCUGGAGAGUGGGAUCCAUCGAUCCGAAUCGAGCCCCCGAAAAACGUCCCUUCGCAGGAAAAAAGGAAGAUGCCAGGAGCUCUCGAUGACAGUGCUUCUCACACCAAGCCGGAGAAGCACAGCGGUCCUGAACUGGAGCGGACGGGAAGGCUCUUUGGAGGUUUGAUCCUGGAUGUGAAGCGAAAAGCCCCGUGGUUCUGGAGCGACUUUCGGGAUGGUCUGAGGCUGCAGUGUCUGGCGUCCUUCCUCUUCCUCUACUGUGCCUGCAUGUCCCCUGUCAUCACCUUCGGGGGACUGCUGGGGGAGGCGACCGAUGGCCACAUAAGUGCCAUGGAGUCGCUGCUGGGCGCCUCCAUGACCGGCGUGGUGUUUUCCCUCUUUGCUGGCCAACCUCUCACCAUCCUCGGCAGCACCGGACCCGUGCUCGUCUUUGAGAAGAUCCUCUACAAAUUCUGCAAGGAGUACACGCUCUCCUAUCUCUCUCUGCGGGCAUGCAUCGGGCUGUGGACCGCCUUCUUCUGCAUCGUGCUGGUGGCCACCGACGCCAGCUCUUUGGUGUGCUACAUCACCCGCUUCACCGAAGAAGCCUUCGCCUCCCUCAUCUGCCUCAUCUUCAUCUACGAGGCUCUAGAGAAGCUGAGUCACCUGCGGGAGACCUACCCUGUGCACAUGCACAGCCAGCUCGACUUCCUCACCAUCGACUACUGUAAGUGUGAGGCACCGACGCAUCCCAGCAAUGAAACCCUGCGUUUCUGGGAGAGCAACAAGAUCAACGUGUCUGGCAUCGCCUGGGAAAACCUCACGGUGACCGAGUGUCGGUAUUUGCAUGGAGAGUUUCAAGGACCUGCCUGUGGACCCAAUGGCCCCUACACGCCUGACGUCCUCUUCUGGUGCUGCAUCCUCUUCUUCUCCACCUUUGUGCUGUCGAGCUUACUGAAGAAGUUUAAGACCAGCCGAUACUUCCCAACCAGAGUACGGUCCACAGUAAGCGAUUUUGCUGUUUUCCUCACCAUCGUCGUCAUGGUGCUCAUGGACUUCAUGAUUGGGAUCCCAUCACCGAAGCUCCACGUCCCCCAUAUGUUCAAGCCUACCAGAGACGACCGCGGGUGGUUCAUCAGCCCCGUAGGACCCAACCCUUGGUGGACGGUGUUGGCUGCGCUCAUCCCAGCUCUGCUCUGCACCAUCUUGAUCUUCAUGGACCAGCAGAUCACUGCUGUUAUUGUGAACAGGAAGGAGCACAGGCUGAAGAAAGGAUGUGGGUACCACCUGGACCUUUUCAUGGUGGCCGUGAUGCUCGGGGUGUGCUCCGUGAUGGGGCUGCCCUGGUUUGUGGCUGCCACCGUCCUGUCCAUCACCCACGUGAAUAGCCUCAAAGUCGAGUCUGAGUGCGCAGCUCCAGGAGAACAACCCAAGUUUCUGGGGAUACGAGAGCAGAGAGUCACUGGCUCCAUGAUCUUUGUGCUCAUGGGCUGCUCUGUCUUCUUCACUUCUGUGUUAAAGUUUAUACCAAUGCCUGUGCUUUACGGCGUCUUUCUCUACAUGGGCGUGUCGUCACUCAGAGGAAUUCAGUUCUUCGAUCGCUUGAAGCUGUUUUGGAUGCCGGCGAAACACCAGCCGGAUUUCAUCUACCUGCGGCACGUCCCCUUGCGAAAGGUGCACUUCUUCACCGUGAUCCAGCUGAUCUGCCUCGUCCUGCUCUGGGCCAUCAAGGUGUCCCGUGCCGCCAUCGUCUUUCCCAUGAUGGUUUUGGCUCUCGUAUUUGUCCGGAAAGUGAUGGAUUUCUGCUUCUCGAAGCGAGAGCUCAGCUUCCUGGAUGACCUUAUGCCAGAGAGCAAGAAGAAGAAGUUGGACGAUGCCAAAAAUGAAGCCAAAGAAGAAGAGGAGUCCCAGAAAAUGAUGGAAGCUGCUGCUGCCAAUUCAGUUCUGCUGAAACUGGGCAAGACCAGCAACUUGGAUAUCCCAAAGCAAAGCAGGGACAGGACUGAUCCUUCCGAGAUUAAUAUCUCAGAUGAGAUGUCGAAAACGACUGUGUGGAAGGCUCUCACUAUGAACACAGAAACAGUCUGA